AUGUCCAGCGCAGACAAGUCGCACGCCACAGGCCAGUCCAAAGUGCCCGGAAAGAUUCAAGAAAAAGUACCCAAGGAUGUAGAACAGUCACUUCCCGACAGCAUCCAUCCCACGGGCAAGGGCGCUGGGGAUUCCACUAGCAAGACUCACGCAAAGGGCGGAGGAGAGGAAUCAAUUCUACCUAAGAAGGUUCAGGAGAAGGUCCCCGAGAGCAUUGAACGAGCCGUUCCUAACGCCCUUCACAAUACUGGAGAUAAAUGA